AUGUUUCGUUUGAUAUCGACUAACGCCCAACAAGGGUUCAGACCUGUGAUCUUACUGAAAGUGAGACCCAAUAAGGGUAGUUUAGCCUUGGCUUCUAAUCCAUUACAAGGUAAUACCAAUAAUGGUCAAUAUAGAGUAACUCAAUUUUCAAGAUCAAAUUCUACUAAUGGAACUAUUUCUAAUAAUAAUCAAACCAGUUAUAAAGUAGAUAACUUUAUUAAUAAAGCUACUAAGGAUCCAUUAAUCAAAGAUUCAUUUGAAAACUCUGAAGUUGAACAAAAAUUAAAUUAUUUUAGAGAAUUAUUAUCUUCAACUCAAAGUAAAAUGUAUAAUAAAUCUUUAGAAGGUAGAAUUGCUUUCAAUGAUUGUGUUAAUAAUUUAUUUGAAUUAUUUGAUGAUGAAGCAAUCAGAUCAAAUUUAACUGGAUCUGAUUUAUUUCAUUAUGCUCAUGCUUUACAAAUUGCUGUAUUUUAUAAUAGAACUAAUAGAUUAUCAGGUAAUAAGAAUAGAGAUAGAGAUCAACAUUCAAAUAAUUAUUCUGAAGAAAUGUUAUUAAAAAAUGCCGUAUUAAACUUGGCUGAAUUAAUUAUUGGUAAUGAAUUCCAACCAAUUAUAACUGCUCCAAUGAUUCAAAUGUUAUUUUAUUCAAUGUUACAAUUCAAAUUUAAUACUGAAAUUAUUAAUUUAUGGGAAAAUGGUAUUAAUGAUAAAGUUAAUGGUAAAAUAUAUUUAUCUCAAGAAAUUUUAGGUAUUGUAUUACCAACUUGUUUUGAAAAUAAUAGAUUUACUUAUGAAGAAAUUUUACAAGUUUAUGAAUUAAAUACUAAAGAUGCAAAAUCAAUUGCUCAUAAUUUAGCUGCUUCAAUUGGUAAGAUUGCCAUUACUUCAGGAGAUUAUUCUCGGGCUUUAGAUUCUUUAGAAUCUUUAUUACAACUUUAUGAAAAUCAAUCAGGUAAACCAAAUAGAGAUUUAUUACAUUCUUUAAGUGAAUUACAUUUAACUUUUAUUGGUCAUUGUAAAGAUUAUAGAAUUGCUAAACAUUUCUUUGAUAAAGUCAUAGAACAUACCUUACCUUAUAAAGUGAUUUUAAAAGCUCCAAAAGUGGUAUCAUUCUUACAAAAUUGUAAUGAAGCCAAUGAACCAAUUGAUAAUAUUAUUUAUAUUUGGAAAUCAACUAUUAAUUAUUAUAAAGAUAAUGGAGCUGCUAAUGUUAUUAAUGCCAGAUAUUCCAUUUUAAAUAAUGGAUUUUUCCAAUUAUUCUUUAAUAGAUAUCCAAAUUUAAAUCAAGAAUCAUUUAUUAAAUUAAGAGAAGUUAUUUCAUCAUAUUCUGAAAUUAAAUUGAUUGAUGAAACAUUUUUAAAUACGAUUAUUUCCAAUUAUUCAUGGGCUGAUAAAAGUGUAUUAAAUCAAUUGAUUGAAAAUUAUUCAAUUUAUGAAGUUAAUAGAACUCCAGUUUCUUAUAGAGUUAGUUUAAAAAAAAUGGGGGAAUUAAAAGAUUAUUCAAAUCAAGAAAUUUUAGAAAAAUGGAAUGAAAAUCUACAAUGUUUAGAAUCAAAUAGGUAUAAUUAUAUUCCAGUGGCUGAUUGGGCCGCUUUAAGAGAUGCAACUAUUGCUUCACCAUUCCCUGAGCAAAGAACUCCAUUAUAUCUUACGGUGGUAAAUGCUUAUAAGAAUUACAUGCAAGAUAGAAAAUCAUGUCUUAAAUUCUUAGGUAAUUGGAGUAAAAGACCUGAUAAUUAUCCUCAAAUUGCAAGAAUUACAACCGAAGAAAAUCCUGAUUUUAAUUGUGAUGUUGAAGUUGUAGUUCCUCAAUUUAAAUUCUUAAGAUCAAAUGUGGAUUAUAAAUUAGUUACUAAAGAAAUUACUGAUAAUAAGAAAAAUAAUAAUGAUAUUUUAGUUUAA